AUGAUACGUGUUCUCCCGAUUCUGGCAUUGCUUGCCCCUAACGUCUUAUCUGCCGCCGUCCCCUGGCUCACAGCCUCCGACGACGCCUCGACCCAGCUCCCUCUCGUCAUCUGGCACGGGCUCGGCGACGACUUUGAGCGUGAUGGACUUAACGAAGUCGCCUCGCUGGUGGAUUCCGUCAACCCAGGUACUUACGUUCACAUCAUCCGACUGGCCGACGAUGGCAGUGGCGAUCGCCAGGCCACCUUCUUCGGAAACGUCACCGAGCAGAUCGAGACAGUCUGCAAGCAACUUGCCUCGGACCCGAUCCUGAGCACUGCGCCCGCCGUCAAUGCCCUUGGCUUCUCUCAGGGUGGCCAGUUCCUCCGUGGAUAUAUCGAGCGAUGCAAUAAGCCCCCUGUGCAUAAUCUCGUCACUUUCGGCGGUCAGCACAACGGAAUUUCAGAGUUUCAAGCCUGCAAGCUGGGCGACUGGCUCUGCAACGGGGUUGAAUCGCUGCUUCGCUCUGGACGAUGGUCAGAUUUCGCGCAGUCGCAUGUUGUUCCGGCACAGUACUUCCGUGAUCCCGAGGAAAUGGACUCGUACCUCGAGCACAGCAAUUUCCUGGCCGAUAUUAACAACGAGCGCGAGCUCAAGAACGUUCAAUACAAGAAACGCCUGAUGACACUCAACACAUUUGCUAUGUUUAUGUUUGACGAGGAUACAGUCGUCAUUCCCAAGGAGAGCGCCCUGUUUGCUGAGCACAAUGCGACCGAUGGUACAGUGACUCCCCUCCAGGAGAGAAAGAUUUACAAGGAGGACUGGUUGGGCCUGAAAAAGCUUGAUGAGCAGGGCAAACUGCACUUUAAGUCCGUGCCGGGUCAGCAUAUGCAAUUGACGGAGGAGGUUCUGAAGAAGACCUUUGAGGAUUAUUUCGGUCCCGUAGAGAACUCGCAGUCGGAUACUUCGUCACUCGGACUGAUUGCACAGCCUGGUUUCCGAGAGAUCUGA